UGCUCCUUAGUACGACUCUGGGCGGGAGGUUUCGGUUUUCGGGGCGUCACACUCACCAGGACACAGCCCUGUUGGCUCUCUCCUCUUGGGUGUUUGUGUUUUUACAUCGUCUUUCUGCACGGUUCUCCAGCUUCUUGUCCGCACGGGCUCUGGGCGCUAAGGCGUUGCUUGCCUGGAACUCCUGUAAGGCCAGUACAGUGGUAGCAGUUGGACUGACCAUUGCUGCUGCAGGAUUUGCAGGCCGUUAUGUUUUGCAAGCCAUGAAGCAUAUGGAGCCUCAAGUAAAACAAGUUUUUCAAAGCCUACCAAAAUCUGCCUUCAGUGGUGGCUAUUAUAGAGGUGGGUUUGAACCCAAAAUGACAAAACGGGAAGCAGCAUUAAUACUAGGUGUAAGCCCUACUGCCAAUAAAGGGAAAAUAAGAGAUGCUCAUCGACGAAUUAUGCUUUUAAAUCAUCCUGACAAAGGAGGAUCUCCUUAUAUAGCAGCCAAAAUCAAUGAAGCUAAAGAUUUACUAGAAGGUCAAGCUAAAAAAUGAAGUAAAUGUAUGAUGAAUUUUAAGUUCAUAUUAGUUUAUGUAUAUGAGUACUAAGUUUUUAUAAUAAAAUGCCUCAGAGCUACAAUUUUAAAAAAUGAUUUAGCACAAGCUAAAUCUCAAAGCCUUGGUAUAUUUUUCUUGUUUAAAUUUGGGGAUUUAAAAUCAGAUUAGUUUAGAAUAUUUGCAUAUUAAUUAUGGGCAAGCACACACCAUCUGAAUAGAAAUAUUGUUCAUUACUCAUUUAGCAGAUGAUUUGGGACCUAUGUCUACUUUUCAAAGCAAAGUGAAGAUGACAGUCCUUGCUCUGAGGGAGCCCCCACUUUAAUGGGAGACUGAUAAACUGAUAAUUAGACUAUGUGAUAAAUAGUAUGAUGGAAAUUAGCUCAGGCUGUUUAAGUAGGGACUCUUACCUUAUUCGGUGAAAAGGCUGUUGCAGGUAUAGGCAACUGGCCUAGCAACUUGGAUACUUGGAACCUUGUAUUUAAAAGUGAAUUUAACCACAACUUAGACCUAACAAAUUGACCUAGGGGUGUGUGUGUAUUGUAUGUACAUACAAUUUUUAUUUCAUGCAUUAAAAAUAGUAUAAAUAUUUCAGAGUACAGGUCUGAUACAAUCACAAGUUCAUUGCAGCCUCAACCUCCUGGGUUCAAGCAGUCCUCCCGCCUCAGCAUCCCAAAGUGCUAGAUUACAGGCAUGAGAAGUAUUUACAUUGUAUUCAGCUAGCCCCUCAACAGUACUGACCAUUUAUAAAUUAUUCCUUCAGUUGGCUAUUUCUUGACAUAAUCAAACUUCUGCAAUUGUUAUGAUAAACACUGUUAGCAAAACUGAAAACAAAUGUUCUCAAUAUCAACAUGUUUAAUUUGGACUAUUUAGAAUUUAUAUACUAAUUUAAAUGAUGUUUAAAGGCAAA